AUGGCAGGAGAUAGACAUGGAAUACGCAUUCCCGGGACUAUUUUGGAUGAGUUGAAGGAGGUGAACUACGACCAAGACACUCGUUUUGGGACCAACAAGCGCAGACGGAAACAGCAAGUAGGGAGAAAGGAGAAACGGAAACAGCAACGGAUAGGUAAGCGGCAGAAGGCUAGAGAAGCCGGAGAGGUGCGAAGACUGGAAAGAGCGGAGGGAACGCGGCCAAAACGAGUGGCCGGUGCACACCAGAAUAGCCAACAGUUGUACAGUGACGACGGGAGUGGGCCCGACGACGACAGUGAGUCUGUUGGAAGCGAAACUGGUGAUGAGGAUGAAGAGGAGGAAGAGGAGGAGCACUACGAAGAGUCUCCGGAGAUGAGUGUGGAAGAGACCAUGGCAGCAUUGAAGAGGGCUAAGGAACAGAAGAAGAAGAAGUCCGGCUCAGAAUCGGUAAAGACUCCCUCGGGUCUCAAAGAGAAUGUCAACAGCGACCAAGAUGACGACGACGAAGAUGAAAAUGACAGUUUUGGGGGGUUUGAGGAUGACGACGUGGAAGGAGAAGAGGACGACGACGACAACGAUAGUGAAGUUCCAGAGAUGACUGUGGAAGAAACCAUGGCAGCUCUCAAAAGAGCGAAAGCAAAAAAGGAGGCAAUUCUGAAUACCUCUGGAGACCAGGAUGGUACCAGUUUUGAUGAAAGUGACGACGAAUCUCCAGAGAUGACAGUGGAAGAAACCAUGGCAGCUCUCAAACGAGCCAAAGAGGGAAAGAAGAAAUCUUCCUCCUCAAAGACCGAAAUGCCCGUCCCCACCGCGAAACCCUCGUUGUCCCCCGCCGAGUUGGCCCAAGCACAGAAGGACCAAUGGGACUACGACUAUUACUCUAAAAAGCUCGGCAUCAAGGGCAAAAACAAAAACCUCAGGGCAAACAACGAAUUUGAUGCCAUCGGAGGCUUACUAGAGGGCCUUGAUUUUUUCGAAAACUACGGCAGCGACGGCUCUGAAAGUGAGACCGCAGACGAAAUGGAGGCCGAGGCCGAUGCCAAGAGCGGUACCGCCAGCGAAACUGCCAGUGAACAGGAGGAAGGAAAGCCUUUUUCUUCGGACGACGAAAUUUCGGAAGGUGAUUUUGACGAGUUUGAUGAAAACGAUCUCGACGAGGAAGAGUGGAGACAACUCCGUGAGUUAGAAGGCAAGGGUGAAGGCUCCGAGGCUGGCUCUGAAGAAGGCUCUGAUGGUUCAAGACCAACCAAAAGGGAAAAUCCAUAUGUGGCACCUACUACCACAGAUCUUUCUGCAUACGUGCCGCCUUCUUUACGGAAGCAACAUUUGCUCAAUAAAGACUCCGAAAAUGUUACCGAAUUGAAGAAGAAGGUCAAGUCCGCUCUCAACAAGCUUUCUGAGUCUAACAUCACUGUCAUAGUGAAUUCAUUGGCUGAAAUAUAUGAGUCUUUCCCUAGACAGCACGUCAACGAUGCCCUGGCGGAACAAACAUUGGACAUCGUUUGCCAUCGAGACAAACUUUUGGAUAGUUUCAUUAUAAAUUACGCUGCCGUGGUAUUCAGUUUAUGGAAAUUGAAGGGAACCGAGGUUGGUGCCUCAUUUAUCCAAGCAUGGGUAGAAAAACUGCUGGAAACUUUCCAACGCGAUCAAGAACAGAUAUCUGCUACCGCCGGAGAGGGCAAAGAAGGCUCAUCACUUGUAGUCUCCAAAGAAUGCAAUAACCUGGUGGGAUUGUUGGCCUACUGUUACAAUUUCGGGCUUAUCUCCUGCCGGCUGAUUUACGACGUUAUUGAAAUGCUGAUCAGGACCCCCAACGAAUUUUCAACAGAGCUACUCUUGAGGAUAAUCUCGAUUUCGGGGCCUUUGAUUCGUGGUGAUGACCCUAAGGCUCUGAAGGAGAUUAUCUCUGAACUUUUAGACAAUGUGAGGAGCGUAAGACAGUCACCAAGGAUGAAGUUUUUACUGGAAGUGAUGUCAGACCUGAAAAACAAUAGACUCAAACCAUCGAUACUGGCUGCCAGCCACGCGAAUUUGAAGAAAACACUAACUAAUUUUAUUGGUGGUGCAUCAUCGACGUCUGACCCUUUACAGGUUACGUUGAAUGAUAUUCAAAACAUUGAAACUAGGGGUAAGUGGUGGUUAGUUGGCGCUUCGUGGAAGGGAAACAUGGUCUCCGCUUUCGAGGAUCAAGAUAAUUCCAACCUGGGACCAAAAACUCCUUCCAAAAAGAAACUCGUAAUUCAAGAUGACAUCCUCGACGACAUUCCUGACUGGAGUGAAAUUGCUAGGGCUCAACGUAUGAAUACAGAGGUGAGACGUGCUAUAUUUGUUAGUAUAAUGUCAGCACAAGACUUUAUGGAUGCUUUCACCAAAGUUGAGAAGUUAAAUCUAAAAAACAAACAAAGCCUAGAGAUUCCAAGAGUCCUAAUACAUUGUCUUGCGAUGGAAGGCAAGAAGGGCUCAUAUAACCCAUUCUAUUCCCUCCUUGGUGUUAAGUUGAGCCAACAGAACCAUCAUGUUGCGAAGGCAUUUCAAUUCAUGUUUUGGGACAUGAUUAAAAAAUUUGAACAAAACGAUAACUCGGAUAUUGAGGAUGCUUCGGCAGAUGAGGAAGACCUGGAUGAGGAUCGAAGGCUUAAAAGGAUAACGUGCCAAGGGAGGUUUUUUGGCACUCUUCUGGGUGAAGAGGUUUUGAGCCUUGACGUAUUCAAGCACGUUCCCUUGAUGGGCGGUUUAGACAGUGAUGGGAUGCUCUUCAUCGAAAUUCUCAUAUACCAGUUCUUGCUUUCUGUUGCUAAGAAAUGCGAGUCCAAGAAAAGCGUGCACGGUAAGAAAGAAAUUAGAUACGAGGGCACUAUAUUUGAGAGACUUAUAGAUCGCAGUCUAAAACUCGAAAAUAGCCAUUCCAUUCUUGCAGCUUUUAACGUAUUUUUGAGCAGAAAUUUCAAGCUCGAGACUUUCAUGUCGGAACCUAAGGGCACCAAAGGCCAUGAGAGGGAAGAGAGAAGGGUGAAAUGGGCUUACUCGCGCUUUACCCAAUUGAUCAAAGAAGGUUUGAAAGGCUGA